AUGGCAGUCCUCAAGUCCAUGCUUUCUGAAACACGGUCAGGCCAAGCAUGCUCACCAGCUCAGCUGCGCACUGUUCUCCAUUGGGCCAUCCAGUCCCGCGACAGUGAUCUUGUGGAUCUCAUGAUCCACCACAAGGCCCCAUUGGAUCCAGCAAGAGAUGAUAUGAAUGCGCUCUCUGCCCUGGGAGUUGCUGUUAUCUCACAAGAUAUCUCCAUUGUCCUGCGUCUGCUUGAUGCAGGAGCGCAGCCAGGUCAGGAUGAAGACCCAUGUCCCAUUACGACGGCUAUAGAAACUGGUCAACUACAAGUUAUUGAACUUCUUAUUAAGCAUGGUAUUCGACUCAAUAGUGAUACAGGACUAUGCUUUAUAGCACGUCAAAAUGACAAGGUCCUACUCCAACGUUUCAUCGAUUAUGGAUUGGAUCUGAGCUUGGACGGCCACACAGCACUGUUCACUGCCAUAAUGCAUGGCCAGUAUAGGAUGGUCGAAUUUCUCAUUGAAAAGGGUGCGAACCCACACCUAAUGUGCGAAUUAUGGCUGCAAGAUGGGGAUUGCUUUACAGACACUCUCCUUUAUAGCUCCAUAGGGUUUGCUAUACAUUUUCGGCACCUGCAAAUCUUAAAGCUCCUACUAGCGAAGGGUGUCCUCCCAGCGCAGGAUGAUUUACGCUUAGCGGUAAAGAAGGAGUUCGAAGAGGCAGUGGCACUUCUAUCCAAAUUCUCCAACCAAGAAUUACCACCGAAGCAGACCAUAGAGGGAUAUAUACGUUGGCAACAUUAUCUUGAACGUUAUAAGGGUGUUGACUUCAAGCUCCGGCAUCAAUGGUUUUUCGUUGUCGAUUCUACCUCAACUGAAGAGUCUGAGAAGCCGUCCAGUUCUUGA